GCAUCACGACACCAAGCUAAAACUCAAAUUUUGAAGAAAAAAUGGGUAAUGCUUAUGCCAAUACUUGUUACUUACUUCGUAUUAAAGUUCAAAACUUUGAUUAAUUCAUUCUUUGGCUUGAUUGAGGCUUUAAUUUGUUGAAUUGGUUUAGACAUAAGAUUCUCGGUUCUGGAAUUUGGAAAGGUUAUAUUGCAUGAUAUAAUGCUUUCUUUCUUUCCUUUUUUUUUUUUUUGUAAAAACGGAAACAAUAGGGAGCAAUAGCGACUAUAACGUUCUGCUCAACCCGUUAUUUCCCGCAAUUACGUUAUUUUGUGGAUGCAACAGACCCCUGAGUAUGUGAAUGAAAUUCACAUCCCAUUUACAGUGGAUAUCAGUGUCAUGAAGAGCGGAAACCGCAAAAUAGCGACCAUUACGCCGCAUAGCAGUCGCUAUUUAAAUCCCCAGAAGGUUGAUUUUGAAGCAUCAUCCACUUUCCUUGAAAACGAGAGUUUUAAGAAAAACGGGAAGAGUGGGAAAUCAUUUUAUUAUUUACAAGUGGCAAGCACUGUGAGGUGGCUAUCAACAACAAGCUCUGCUGAGAUAACAAAUCGAAUUAGAAUCAUUACCACUUCCCCUUCCGAGAACAUUACAUGAAAGGAAGAAGCUCCUCUACCAGGUUCAACCGUGUUUCAUCAGAGAGAAGAAGAAAUUAUUGAUGAAGAACAUCGUGGCAACAUUGAGUCAGAAACUUCAAUAAGCGCUUUGCCUCAGCAAAGUGCUUCCCCAGGCGCUAAGCUGCCCCCAAUUACUUCUUUCUCACAGUUUGUCAAUAGCAGUGAGUCGAAAGAGACUCAACCAAAUGCAUCCGAGGAACAUUCACACAAAAAACUUGAGGAAAAUAUGAAGAAGAGAAUGAGGUUGCAGUUGGUUGAGCGACCAAGAACGUGUGUUACUUUGAUUUCAUUUUGUUCACUGUGGAUACUAUUGCAAGCCCCACAUUGCCAAUGCUUCUUGCAUGGAGGGCAGCGUAAAAGGUUUCAAGCCCACAGGCUAUGGUGAUCAUGUUGUUUAAGAAUUAUGAUUGUUGGUGGCACAUCUGCUCACCUGCUUCUGCUUAAGGUUAAUUUCGAUGAAGUUAGUGCAAAGGUACGGAGGAAACUAGGCCGUAUGCCUUCCACAACAUACCGGAUGUGGACCCUAAAACCAAAAAAAGAGCUGGACCCGACUGCAGACAUAAGAACUUGAAAAGAACAUAGGAAGCUUCCCUUCCACUUCCUUGUAUACUCAUUAAUCUGCUGUUUCUUUCAGUUAGGUUGGUUAGAAUUAAAAAGAAUUAAAUUCAUCCAGUCAUAGGGAUUUGAAAAAUUCACUCCAUAGAUUUCGUCCCCUAA